AUGUCUAUUUUAAAUUUGAGAUUGCAGUGUAUUGAUCUUAUGCGUCAAGAAAUGGAUACAGAAUCAGAAGAAAUUAUGUCACGUUAUAAUAGUAUGAAUGAUAUUAUAAAAGUAGCAGAAAAGAAUCAUAAUUUAAAAGAAAAUCUUAAGCAAAGUCUAAAUCCUAUACUUACUUUAUUAAAUGACAAUCACAAUUUAGUUUCAUCCCUUUCUACUGCAAAGUGCCCAUAUUAUGAAAUACAAUUUGCUCAUUAG